UUGGAGGAAGGACAGUGCUGAGCUUUGGGUGAUAACGCUGUUGUAGAUUGAGUUUGUGGUUCGAGUGCCAAGGAUUUGAUUCCUGUCGCUAAAGCUCUGGGAGCAGAUCUGUACUGGUCAGGGACAGGGAAUACUUCACUGAGGAAUAUAACAUUUCUGCUGAAAAUGCAGAAAUGAACAUAGAGAGUCGAAGAUGGUGAAAGCUUUCUGUAUCGUCUUGUAUUAUACAGCAAGUGGUCUCUCGACAGGCAUGAAUUUAGAAUAGUUUGGAGUUGUAAAUGCCAGACGUGGCCUACUGUGUGAGGCUGAGCUUGAUAUGUCUCGAGUUUCCUCGUCAUCUACAGUGAAGCGAAUUGGUAACUACCCGGGCAGCUCCCUCUCCAGCUCUCACUAUGGUCCCACGUACCAUAGCUACACUCCCAGCCUGGGCUGCAGUUACACAGACAAGGGCAAGCUGCUUUAUAAACCAGGCUACACCAACUAUAUUCCCCACACCAACUCGAACCGAGCAGCAAGCAAAUGUACUGUGGAGGCUGACCGAGGGCGGCAGAUCCCUCGCCCUGACAUGCUCACCAGGCGGAGUGAGAGUUUGAGCCGUGUUCCCCUGAAAGCCUUUCCGAGUGGACUCACUGGCGGAUACUGUGGUAACUAUGGUUACAGCACAGUGAGCAGUACCUCAGUGUACCCUCCUCCUCGGCUGUCUCUAACUCGCAGGAAGUCCAUCAGUCAGACAGACCUGAACCGCGAUCUGCUGAACCUCCACAUGGCAGACACAUACCAGUUAACCUCCACAAAGAGCCCUACGCUCACCCGACACGCCAUGGAUUCCCAGGCAGAGAGCUACAGAGGCUGCACUCGGACUGACAUUACCGAGGGCUGCUGUACCAAAGGCUCAGGAACUUACAGCUUACCACGGAGCAUGACACAGGAAACCAUUACUGCUUCGUUUAAAAAUACUGAUCGCUUCAGCCCAGCAUGGGAGAGGACUGGGAGGUGUACUUCACCUGUUCGAGACACACCGAAUUCUAAAACCAACCAGGGUCUUGUGGGCCUUCGAAAUCUGGGCAACACUUGUUUCAUGAACUCCAUCCUGCAGUGUUUGAGCAACACCUGGGAGCUGAGAGAUUAUUGUAUUCAGAACACGUAUCGGCGAGAUCUGAAUAACCGGGGCCGCACCAACACCGCACUCAUGGAGGAAUUUGCAAAACUUCUCCAGGCCAUGUGGACAUCCUCCAGCAAUGAUCCCAUCAGUCCAUCAGAGUUCAAAACACAAAUUCAAAAAUACGCUCCACGAUUUGUCGGAUACAAUCAACAGGAUGCCCAGGAGUUUUUGCGUUUCUUGCUGGAUGGGCUUCAUAACGAAGUGAACAGAGUGUCAGUGCGUUCCAAGGCUAUCGUGGAGGACUUGGACCAUCUUCUGGACAAUGAAAAGGGGAGAAGAAUGUGGAAGAAAUACCUGGAGAGAGAGGACAGUUGGAUUGUGGAUCAUUUUGUGGGCCAGUUGAAAAGUUCCCUGACCUGCAGUGAAUGUGGGUAUUGUUCCACAGUGUUUGACCCCUUCUGGGAUUUGUCACUGCCCAUUUCAAAGAAAGGUUAUGGUGAAGUUUCACUAAUGGAUUGUAUAAGACUCUUCACAAAAGAGGAUGUUCUGGAUGGCGAUGAAAAGCCAACCUGCUACAGGUGUAAAACACGAAGAAAAUGUACCAAGAAAUUCACAAUCCAGAAGUUCCCAAAGAUCCUUGUGCUUCAUUUGAAGCGAUUCUCUGAAGCUCGGAUCCGCACCAGUAAGCUCACUACUUUUGUAAAUUUUCCUCUGAAAGACCUUGACCUUCAAGAGUUCUCAUCUGAAAACUCUGCUCAUGCAGUUUACAAUCUCUAUGCUGUGUCCAAUCACUCGGGCACCACCAUGGGUGGACACUACACUGCAUACUGCAAGAACCCACAAUCUGUUGAGUGGUACAACUAUAACGACUCCAGAGUAACUCCAAUGUCAUCAAACCAGAUACGGACAAGUGAUGCCUAUGUGCUAUUUUAUGAACUCUCCUGUCCUUCCUCACGGAUAUAAGUUUUUGGUCAUGAGAACAGGGGAAAAACAAAGCAGCUUAAACUGUCUCAGCAAUGCCGACAUUUUCAAAUGAUCAUCACAUAUGUCCUCAUGGUGCAACACAAAGUCCUUGACUUGGAAUUCAACCAAUCAAUGACCAGAAUGACUGACUGCACCAGGACCAAGAGGGGCAAAGGGGGGGAGGGGCAACACAAAGGGCUCUUUUUCAGAAAUUCAGGGGUCACCAACCCUGAAGUCAUUGACAGAUAUUUUCCAAAGUACACACCAGCAUCUGCUGCAGAGUGAAUCUGGGUUAGAUCCACAUUUUGCUGAUGAAAUACUGCCUACAACAGUAAGUUGUUGGAGCUGCAGGUUCCACAUCAGCAUCUCUCCUCAACACUGUCUUGGAGUAUGUUUAUUUUCAAUUGCAGAAUUUUUCUUGCAAGACUUUUGAAACAUUAAAACCACAAUUUUGUUGCAUAGAGGGAUAGAGAUGAUCUGUUGCUGUUUCAGAUCCUCAGUUACAAACCAGGGAAUCUGGUUCGGGGGGAUUUUUAUUUAAGUGUUAAUUUAACUUUUUGGUUUAGUUGCAGUGACUUGCCUGAAUUCCUUUGGCACAUCUGGUUGAACAUCACUGUCCAAAGACGUUUUUAAUUUCCCUAACUGCUCCCUUCAAUGAGGAACCUGCAAUUUUAAAUAUUUUAAAAUUUGCAAUGUUAUUUCAGAUUUAAGGAAUCUAGCCAGCUCUGAAUUAGUGUUGAUCGCCUGAAUUUGUAUGCUGUUCUUGAGGACUGACAAGUCACAUUUUACUUGCUGGAAUUAAUCAGCUUCAUCUGAAUUGCAGAGAUAUGUCUAAGUGAUCCCUAUUUGUUAAACAAUUAAAUGGGAAGACAUUGUGCAGCUAAUAAGUCCUAACUUGUUACUGGCACAGAAUCCUUUUUAUAACCUGACUAGAGAAGGGUCUCUUCUUAGAACCUAGAAACACCAGGAUAACAAGUGGUAACUACCACGUUGUGUUUGCAGUGCUAGACUUUUUAAAAUCCCUGACAAAAUCUGUUUCUGGGGUAUUCUGAACACCAUGGAGUUGGUCAGUAGAGCUCAGGCGACUCAGACCUACAGCUGAUGCUCUGGAAAGUGAUAAGUUAGGAGUAGUGUUCCAUUGUCUUGUCUUGAUUCAUUCUAACUUUUCCUUUUUUUUUUUUUUGUUUCCCUCCUAUCUUCCUGCCUCUAUCAUUGUUUCUUCAAGGGCACUGCAACUUCUCCAGGUCAUUUCUCAUUUGCUUCCUCACUUUACAUGUACCUUUUUUUAAAUGUUCAGGAGAAAGGAAUUAAACUUGGAGAGAGAGACAGUAUUAAUAGUAAUCUUUAAAUAAUUUGGCCUUUUCAGCUUCACAACUAAAACAGGUAGAUUGCUUGAUCAUAAAGUGAACCCUUUCAGCCAUUGUUAGGAUCCCAACCCCCAUCUUGCCCCAGUACACGACGACUCUGGUCUAUUCUUCAUGUAGAGCCAAGCUCUGGAGAAGGGGAUACUGGGGUAAGAGGUUCAACUUCCUAUUGGGUGUUAUUAGCACAGCAGUUGUUUACUUUAAAAUAUAAAAGGUUCUGCAGAUAUAUUUACUGUGGUGACAUUGCAGGAGGUGAGUAGUAUGUACAUCUAACAAACCUGUGAUGUCUGCCAUAACAAAAUGGUUUCCAGCUGAAAACAUCAAUUAGGUCAUUUUGUAGGUUCAAAUAAUAAGAUCCUGCUAUUUGUCCACUGUUAAUUUUGCCUCCAGAUCCUCCCUGCUUUGACGUUGGAAAUAUGUCUUUGUCUUUGAUCUGAGAUACAAAAUCACCUGAUUAGUUCGUGAUUUAAAGGAUUGUAGAGAAUGUUACCCAGAACAUUUUCAAACCUCCUGUUAUUUGGGUUUAUUUGGUAUUCUCUCUCUGCUCGACAUGUAACUGGAUGAUUUCUGAAAUGCGCACACUGUCCAUUGUACUUUCUGGCAUCACCCUCUGAGCCAAUGGCUCUCUUUAAUAUCAUUAUUUCAUAAAAUAUGGGGUUUUGAGGGAAAAAUGCAGACAGAUGAUGGAGUCUCUACCAUCUGUUAGCAAGUGUACCUCCUUUCAUCUCACUCCAAGUCUUUACAUCCUUUUAAUUGCCUUACUUCAUAAAUAAAUAUAGCUGAGUAAAGCUGAUCCUCAAACAGUGACCAUCUGACGCAGUGCCCUGGCUUCUCUGACCAGCUUUUCCUGUGUAUUCUCCUGUCUGACCUGUUCCUGUUCAUUCUGCUCCCUUUGUAUUACCCUCCAAUUAGUAAUGCUGCAUUCCCCAGUGCAGUGUAAUACUCUGCUGAUUGUUCAGAUGCUCACCAUCCCAAGAUGGACUUGACACAUGUAUCAUAAACGUAGUCUGUCUUUUUCACACCUGUACUCUCAGAACCCAUUGUUCUAUAGGGCUUUUUAAUUUUGUCUUAAAAAAAACUCUAAUUUUAACAUGUUAAUUUUAAAUUCUAAACUAAUGCAUGGAGACGUGAUGACUGUUCUAUUUUGAUAUGCUGUGGGUUUAUGGAUAGAUCUUGUUUACUGUGUAAACAAACAAUGGAUAUAUUUUAUUAUGUACUGUGAGGAGUUGUACAUAAGAGGUUUUAACUAAAUAGAUAUCUAUAGUGUGUAUAUAUAUAGAAUAACACCUGUGUGUAUACACGCACAAGAGAAAUAUAUAUAAAUCUAUGCCUUGAAAUGACAGCCUGGUGAGCAAGUACAAAGCAAUGGUCUUUGAUCUUUUUGUCCAGCCUGAAAUCCUGUUUGAAGUAUUGCCUAAUUUAUAAAAGGAAUGUUGUUCUCUCUGCUAGUAGAGGACGAGGCCAUGCUGAACUCUAAGCGUGGAAUUCUCACUUGAUUUUCUCUACAGUUUUUUUUAAAAUCUCCCUUACUCUGAUCUGUUUCUUCCCCCUAAGUUCAUCUGGGUUUGGAAAACAGGCCCAUUUUUGUUUUGGACUAAAUACUUCCAGUUUUGUUCUUGUGACCAACUUGUCCUUUGAUCAAAUGCCCUGGGUUCUUUUUAAUUGUGAAAUUAUCAUUUAGAGAACAAAGGCUGGGUAAGUUCUCCACUCAAGUGCAGGCUUGUUAAUCAGGUCGAGGGAAUUCUGACUCUUCAGUGAUAAUGCUUGUGACAGUAUUCAAUAAGCAGAACAAUUGCAAGAGGGAUUUUUGAAAUUCUUGCGUGAGUUGUGAGUGCUGCUGGCAAAGCCAGUUUUGGUCGACCACUUUCUCAAUGUUAGGGAUGGGAUGAGUUGUUAGUUGAAAUAUCACAAUACGCCUGGUGUAGUGACAUUCAAAAGUUCUCUUGGGACAGAAUCCCAAGGGACCUGUGCACACUGGGAUUGUCCCUGUUUAAACAAAGUGAGUUUGAUUUGUUUAUAUUCAAUUAAAUGCUUUCACCAGCUUAAACUCUGUCAGGACCAGCCUCCUCAGACAGGAGAAUUUCACAGCCUCCCUCCUGCCUGUGGAGGAAGGGUGAUGGAAACUCUCUCUGCCCUGGUUGGUUACAGAAUAACAAGCUCUUUAGUCUGUGGCACAGUGGGGAUGGAGAAAGGAUAGGAAGAACCUGGGGCUACAGUGUGGAGUUUGUAAUGAUGCUGUGAGCAUGGGUUACUCAAUAUUGUGAAACUGCUGCAAGUUCUCUGGAGCUGGAGGUUCCUUGCACUCUGCCCACACUCCUCCUCCUCAACUGUUGGUAUUAAUUUCUUGUAUUGUUUUAUCUCUUUUUUUUUUAACUGGAAUGUUCGGGGGAGGUGGGGGGGAAACAAAUACAAAAUCAAAAACUGACUGCACUUUCUUAUUGCUGCGGGACCGGCGCUUUCUGCAGAGCUACUCAGUGGGUUCAAUGCAUCACCGGGGCUCACUGAAGGGUGUAUGCAUGCACCUUUUUUUUUAAGAAACUACUUUUGAAAGAAUAAAAACACUGUGAAUAUUAAAA